CGCUACGAAUGUUCCGCUCGCAAAGCAGUAAUGAAAUUAAUUUAUAUUAUCAAAUUGAAAUAAUGAUAAUGUUAUCUUGAGAAACGGUGACAGUUAUAGAAAACAGUAUUUUUAUUAUCUAUGGUCCUGAAUAAUAAUGUAUUGUGAUGAUAAUAAUUAACAAAAACAAUAAUACUUGAAUUUUGGAUUUUCAUUAUUUUCAAACGUAACCGCGAACGGGAUUAUUAAAAUAUAUUACGGAAUUCUUGAACGUCCGCAAUCGAUUGCGUCUGUCGAACCAGUGCAAUAAUGGAUAAGACUAUGGAGAGGAAGUUUUUAAAGACCACUGUGGCAGGAAUUUUAAUGGAAAUCGGAUUUCAAGCUGCAGAACCAGGCGCAUUGGAGACUCUUGUCGAAAUGCUUUAUAGUAUCUUAUCUCAGAUGGGAAAUAGUAGUCGUCGUUAUGCAGAAAUAGCUGGGCGUCUUGAGCCUCUCGGGGCCGAUGUUAUGAUGGGCUUAAUUGACAUGGGUAUGUUCAAAAAUGCGUCUAGCCUAUUAGCUUAUGCAAAAAGGUCAAAUCGAGCUGUUCUCCCUAGCCCUAUACCAUCUGUACAGCCUCGCCAAACAAGUAACCUACAAGCAGGGACUAGACUGCCACAUCCAUCAUACAUGCCAAGUUAUAUGCCGGCUUUUCCAGAUCCCCAUGCAUACAUAAGAACACCAACACACAAACAACCAGUUACUGAAUAUGAAGCAAUCCGUGAAAAAUCUGCAAUUCAAAAACAUGAACUUGAAAAAUCAUUGAUUAAGUUUUUAAUAAAAACUGGCCCUACGGAGAGUUUAUUUUUGAAUCAAGAAAAUGAUUGCUUUGCAUUGAUAGCCAACAAGCCACAACAACCUGCAUACUUUUCAGCAUUAUUGCCUCAAGAUCAAGUAUUUGAUGAAGAUCCUGAUGAAACUGAAAUACCAGCACCUAGUAAAAAAAUUAAGUUCAAAAAAGAAAUUCAGAUCAAAGAAGAUUUUGAUGAAAAUGAAGAACAAGAAAAUGAAAACGAAGAAGAAGAAGAAGUAAACAACGGUGAUGAAACUGAAUCAAAACCAGAAGAGCCCAUUGACAACCCUUUCUUGAGACCUGUUAAGUAUCCAGCUGCUCCUUAAAAUUAUUCUGUUAAUAAUAUUGUAAAUACAUUAGGAAAUAAUUUUGAUACUAAAUCAAAUAUGUGAUCAACUCCAGAUCACAGACUAUAUAGUCUGUGUCCAGAUCAUUGUACAUUCUGUUACAUAUCACUGUUUUUUAAGUAAAAUAUUUUGUCUUACGAUUAUAA